GAAAGAAGUAGCAAUAAGAAUGUUAACAUACAUCCAUUUUGAAAUAGAGAUUAUUGUGAAUUAUUAGUUCGGGAUUUUUCGGAAUUUUUUAAUUAAAGUGUUGAUCACAAACGCCUGCAGCUUUUGCCGAUGAAAAGAAUGCGUUUCUGAUGUCAGUGCAAACUUGAGGAAUUUGACCCAGAAAUCGACGGAAACUCGUUUCCUCCUCUUGAAUGUUCCUCCAGCUUUGCUCAUCUUAUGCCCAUCACCUCGUUAUCAUUUCCUUAGGCCAUGUGACCUUUCUUGUCGGCCGCGUGCAGGAGAUUCAUCCCCGACCCAUGCGCCACACGCUUUCCCACGAAAUCGCCUGGCUCCCUUCCCUCCGCAACUGCGCUCCCUUCGGAACCCCUGAACCUUCCAUGGGCUGUCGAAGGGACGGCCGAUUCGCCCUUCGUCUCCCACUCCGGAACAUUUUACCGAUCCCCACCACUCGCAUCAGGUCGUGUGUCGCGAUCGUCCGCCCGCACACGACAUACGUUGGCCGCCACGCGACCAGUGCACACGCAUCCUGUGGCACCGAGAAUCCCUUUCUCUUCCUUCCUUAUCAAGAUACGUCUCUUUAUCUCGCGCUCCACUGAUACCAGACAUUAUUUCGCGAGGAGGAGGAGGAGGAGUUGUCGCGUGUGGACGCUGCUCACUUCCCGCCAUUCCGCAAAAUUACACCUGAUUCGCGUUACGCGUGCACAAUCGUCCGAGCAACUAACACUUGUUAAAUUUCCACAACCAGUGUCGGAAAGUGAUGUUUCCCUCUUCUCCUUUCGAGUGAUUUUGUGAAAUAACAAGUGAAACUGUUUUGUGCUAGGAAACCAACGGCGAGGAUGAAAUUCCACAGGUGAGAGUCUAUCGUCCUCUCGUCUUUCCCAAGUCGAAAAAGAAUUGCCUUUUCACCUUCAAAAACCCAUAGAAAAGUUGAAAUCUUCUGGGAAAAUGUGGCGAGUUGUAGUUGCUCGUUCAGACGACAAUAGCACUCUACUCUCUUCGGAAAUCAGUACCGGAACCAUGGGUCCAUCAGGUCAUCUUCCAAGUCUCUCUGGUCCGCCAGCGUCCCACCACUGGGGGUAUCCACCGCCUCCGCACCAUCCCUCGUAUCAGGCGCCACCUCAGCAUCCCGACAUGAGGCAUCACCACGACAUGAGGAAUGCAGACCCGAGGAUACCAAAUCCCAGUGAACUGAGGCCAGAAUUGCGACAUCCCGAUCUCCAGAGAGUGGAACUGAGGCACCAGGAAAUGCAGAGGCAUCCCGAGAUGAUACGACCUGAAUUGAGGCAUUCUGAGAUGCAGAGGCCACACGAUAUCCGACAUCAGGACAUGUCGGUUAUGAGACCCGACCUUACGGAAUUGAGGCCUAGUCACGAACUUCCCGAAUUGAAAAUUGAUGGGACGGAACUGAGAACUCAGGACAGUCAGCAGCAAGCGCAGCAGCAUGCUCAGGCCCAAGGACAUCAGAGAAAUCUCAAGAGGACUCUAAGUGAUUCGGAUUGUGAUGACGUGUUUUCGGAGGAGAGUGGCAAGGAACCUUGCAAUUCGCCUGGAGGGGAUUCUUGUCAACAUGCAUCGAGAAAAAGAAGAAGAGGAAUGAUUGAAAAGAAACGUCGAGAUAGAAUAAAUGCAUCCCUGGGUGAACUGAGAAGAUUGGUGCCUGCGGCAGCCAGAGAUCCACACAGCGGAAAAUUAGAAAAGGCGGAAAUACUUCAACUCACCGUCGAACAUCUGCGAACCCUCAGAAAUAAAGGACCAGAAGGUUAUGACAGUACGAAAUUAGCGAUGGAUUAUCAUGCCGUUGGAUGGGGUGAAUGUGCAGCGGAAGUUGGUCGAUAUUUAGUGACAAUGGAAGGUCUUGAUGAGAGGGAUCCUUUGAGACUGAGGUUACUUUCCCAUUUGCAGAGUUUCCACCGGGAACAUCCUCAUUCAACAGGAACUGCAAAUCCCUCGAGUGCAACAUUGAGUUCGAGCUCAACAACUGCGAAUUAUGAUUCACCGAGUUCAGUAUCGACUGGAAUGCCUCCAGGCUCAGGAAGCAUGCCUCCCCUCUUGGGAGGCACCACUCUCGGAUGGGGCCAAUAUCCAGGACAAUAUCCUCAACAGCAACAUGGAAAGCCUUAUAGACCCUGGGGCGCUGAAUUAGCUUAUUAAUGAUUACCUCCUGCCAUAACUUGUCAAAGUUGUUGGUCUAGUUUUAGAAAACAAAUUUCUAGUGAACCAAAGUUUCCAGUUUUCUGGAUUUUUCAAUAUUCCAUAACAAUUUUAUAUUUCUAAACCUGUCCUAGUUGCCGUAAGGUCGUAAUUCCUUCGAAUUCCAUCAGAUUUUAGACGAUUCUCAUUCACUUUUAUUUUGACACAAAGUAGAAACAAAAGAAAAGUGAAAAUAAAAAUCUAUUCAAGUGAAAACGUAAAGAGAAAUAAAAAUUCGUCAAAGUGAAAAUGAAAAUGAAAAUGAAAAUGAGAGUCAAAGUAAAAACGAAAAUACAUGAUCGCCCCCCUGUAAACUUUUAAAUUAUAGUCAAGUAUUAUAUUUAUAUUUCUCGAGAUGCACUCAGGAAUUUCAAAGAGAGUCAAAUAAAUUUUUUCAAUAUUCUAACAACGAAAGAAAAAAAUAUUUUCAGUCGUGAUAAUUAACGUGACAUAGUCAAUAGAUAUAGUCAUAUGAGUACAUUACUCGUAAUAUAUUUAUUAUAUAUUAAUAGAAAGUUAAAUAAGAUUAAAUAUUUAUUUAAGAUAUUCUAUAUUUAUGGACUGAGGAUUUUUGUACAGUGUAAAUACAAUGUAUGUAUACGUAUAUAUAUAUAUACACGAAAAUUAUAUCAAGCUAAAGAAAUAUCGAACAUUUUUUCGAUGAUAUUUUUAAGAAGGGAGAUGAAAUAUUUUGAUAUAAUUAUUAUUGUCAUUUACAUGAGUGUGUUUCGCGUUAGCCAAUUGCACAGGAAAACACGAUUUGGACCCGAGCAACGAAAAACAUUCUUAAAGGUAAAUUUUUAUGUUGAAUUCGUUUGUUUAUAAAAAUUCAACAUGAUGAGCAAAAAAAGUUAAAAGGCAAUCAGAUUUACGUACUUGAAAUUUGUUACAGAAGAGUUUUAGGGGUCGAUGGUUAUACGAAUUCACCGGAUUCGAAUUCUAGUGUAAGAAGGAACGUUAAAAUGCGUUCUUACCAUUUCGGGUCCAAAAGUUGAUGUAAAUUUGUUUUCCUGUGUUAAUUAUUUUACAAAACCUAAUAAUUGAAUUAGGUAUUGUGAAACUAUGGUUCCAAGUUCAUUUCUUGUUGUUUUGUUUUGUAAAUUUGACCAUUAGUGCCAUUUUCAUAUGAAAACAAAGUUUCCAAAUGUAAAAUAGUGAAUUUUUAUAUUGUGUGUGACCAAACAAAUGAAAUGCAUAUCGUAAAUUUUUUACGAAAACUACUCAACAUAUUUUUGCAAUAAUGACUUUUUAAAUAAAAU